AUGGGCUUUUUUAACCUCUCUACUUCAACUGUGACGCCUUCCACUAAAACUGAGAAGAAAAAUAGAUCCUUCUUUACAAGUUUCAUGGACACUAGCCCUCAAUUGCAUCAUCAUGAGCAUCGACGAAAGAGUAAUCCCAAAGCAGUUGCUCAAAAGUGCGUCAAGGAGGAGUAUUUGAGUAGUGCUGUUGGUGAUAUAAAGUCCUCUUCGGAACCAACCAAUGACCUCAACAACAACAAUAACAACACAUCAUUGCAAGCAAGUGGUUCCACACAACAUGUUCCACCUUCGACUCAUGACACUCCUCAUCAAAAGAUUGCAAUGGAAAGAUCUUACAAUUUGUCUUCACUUGAAUCCUAUACAUUUGGUUCCAAGAAAAAGAAGAAGACCUUUUCCAUGUCUUAUAUGAAAUGUUGUCCUUUUGAUGAUGUAAGCGCCCUGAUCGAUGUGGAUAAGUUUGAGAAGAAGGGUGGACCUUCGACCUCAGCAAAAAACAAUCAAUCUGGUCAACCAACCACCACUCGAACAGUUUCGUCGACACUGGCUGCAAAUCCAAUGGGAGGUCAACCUGCAAUGGUAGUGACGGAACAACCACAAACACAGAAAGCUGAAGUGCCCUCUCAUGACAAGGUUUUGUUCUCUUCGUCAAUUUUACUUUCGAGACCUAAUGAGGAGAAUCCUCAACAGCAAGAAUCUUCUGGGGCCUCGUCUAAUGUUGAUGCAAAAGGCAACACAAUGGAGACUGAAUAA